AUUUGCUGUCGCUGUUUGUUCAUCGCACUGUUGCGAAAAAGCGCUGCCGAGAUGAUCCGCCAAAUUCUGCUGAAAAACGACAUCCUCGUAAAGUUAGUGGCGGCCAGAGGGUACAGCCAGCCAGCUUCAUCAGGCGGAGCGAAAGGACCUUCGGCACCAGCGGCUCCAGCGGUGGCAGAUGUCCCCGGGCUCAGUUCGCGGUGUGUGCUGAAAAAGGAUGGUCCGGUUGGACCGGGUGCUGAACGCAACGGAACGUACAAGGUGCCGGAAUACUUUAGCUACAACCAAACGAGCUACUUUGAGGCUGAGAUUGAAAUGUCCAAGUUCCGCAUCCCGCAACCAUCGGCGAAGAACUGAGGCGGGGAUUUGAGUGGGCUGUAAAUAGGGAUAUGUGCAGCGUAUAAUAAAAUGGUUAGUUGAAGGAUAUAUUCCCUAUACGGGUGUCUGGAAUGUUGUGUUUUGUAGUUGAUUCCAGAGGAAAGAAGGAACAGCUGCAAUGACGAUGAUCUGAAAAGUCGAAAGCGCGAUAGCGCGGAUUUUUCCCAACCAGAGUUAAGU